UGCAAACGGGCGGACGGAGAGAGGGCUUACUUUGCGUCGGGUGUGCAAUGUACCGAUCCACGCUUAACUAUACACCUCGGGUUUAUUUAUAGAGUUGUGCUGGACCGUUAGGCUCCGGUGUGCUCAGCUGAGCAUCCUUGACGGAUGUGAUGUGAUGUGAAUAUCGCAGGUUACAGGAAUGGAUACACGGGCCACACCUGUGCGCCAGAUGCGGACGGACAGGUGCGCUACCUGUGGACCUCUUGGAGAACACCGGGCACAGAUGCGCAGCUUUGGGCAUCAUAACAGCCCAGUGAUGGCGUUGUGACCAUUGGAUUUAACAAAGACCCUAUGGAGCAUCGGCAUAUGCAGUGCGCACCUUUAAUAUCGAGGCUUGGAUUUAAAGCAUGGAUUCUGUUCGGACUGGCCUUACAUUGACUGGACCGAGCCUGCUGCGUUUUAUCCGUGCGCGUUUGCCCUAGAGAAGAGUGCGUGCGGGUGUGUUUUCGAGACAAAGACUCUGUGCGUACCGAGUGUAUGUGACGCGCACCGGUGAAACAAACGCGCUAUGGAUGCGGUUCGGCUGGACGCGCUCAACGCACCAGCGGAGAACGGCAAUGCGUCGCAGCCCGAACCGCACACGCGCCUCUCGCAGGUGGACUCGGUGGUUCUGCCGUUCCUCGGGGGGUUCGGCCGGUAUCAGCGGCGACUGGUGGCUCUGACAUGGAUCCCGGCGUUUCUCAUCUCGUUCAGCCAGUUCUCGGAUUACUUUCUGCUCGGGCAGCCGGAAAGGAAGUGCGUGGGGAACAUGACGGGCUCGGAUCGUGAUCUGCUCGUGGAUUUGCUCGGUAACGGGACCGAAACCGAGAACAGCCACGGCGCGGCGUGUUUGUGCUCCGAGUGGAGGUUUGAGCUGCAGUCGGGACUGCAGCAGAAUGUGGUCACCAAGUGGACGCUGGUGUGUGAUGGAGAAUGGAAGGUGCAUAUCGCCAAGUUCUCUCUACAGGUCGGGUCCAUAUUUGGCUACCUGCUGAUGGGCGCAAUGGCAGACUGGUUGGGUCGUAUCCCAGUGCUGCUGGUGUCGGUGCUGUCCGUGCUGGUGUUCGGGUUAGCCGUGGCGUUUUCCGUGGAUAUGGCAGUGUUCAGCACGCUGCGAUUCUUCGAGGGGUUUUGUCUGGCCGCAAUCAGACUGUCGCUUUACGUCCUGAGGAUUGAGUUGUGUCUGCCUAACUGGCGUUUCUCCAUGACGAUGAUCGCCAGUCUGAUUAUCGUAGGCGGGCAGCUGCUGAUGCCCGGUUUGGCGGCGCUGUGUCGUGAUUGGCAGAUUCUUCAGAUUUUAAUAAUCGCCCCGUUUGUGCUGAUGCUGCCGUAUGUCUGGAUGUUUCCUGAGUCUGUACGCUGGCUGUUAGCCACUCGACACUACCAAAGAGCAAAGCGACAAAUGUAUCGAAUCGCCCUGAGCAACUGUGUCGACACGGCAACCGACCCGAGCGGCAUACUCUCGGAGCUCGAGACGGAACUCCAGCAGAAGCCAAAGACGUUUUGCGUAACGCAGCUCAGCGGCACCCGAAACCUGUGGAAGAACACAGUCGUGCUGUGCGUUAACUCGUUGACUGGCUAUGGCAUCCAUCACUGUUUUGCUCGCAGCGUUUUGGAGGGCAGCGCGACUCAUCUGCACUAUUAUGCAUUAGCGGCGAUUGCGAUAGCGUCCUGUAUGGUAUUGUUUCCUGUGGUCGGCGGGUUUGGCAGGAGAGGUGGACUACUCACCUUCAUGAUCGUCACAGCGCUGGCAUCACUGCUUCAGCUCGGACUGCUCAGCUUAAUUGGAAAGUACAGUCUCCGACAUGAUGAAGUUUUGAGAGACACUUUGAAUCGGCGGUUCUCGUAUGCGUUCUCAAUCAUCGGGAUGUUCUCGUCUCAUGCCGUCAGCACGCUCAGCAUCUUUUACUGUGCUGAGAUAACGCCAACUGUCAUCAGGGGCGGUGGUGUCGGUCUGGUCUUGGCGAGCGCAGGUUUUGGCAUGUUAACUGCACCCCUCAUGGAGCUCCACAAUCAGAAAGGAUUCUUUCUUCAUCAUGUGAUCCUCACCUGCUGCACGCUGCUCUGCAUCAUUUGCAUACCGUUGCUCCCGGAGACCGCCGGCCAACCGCUGCCUGAGACGAUCGCUGAAGGGGAAGGGCUACUGCGUCGGCCUAUCCUCCCCGGAGAGCAGCACCACCUAUUGGCUAGGACAGAAGUCAGAGAGUUCUCGCGCAUUCAGGACACACCCCUUCACCAGGCUGUCAACCCCGGCAAUGGCUCGGUGCCUAGCAACAGCACAGCUAAUGGUGUGAGGACUUCAUGAUAUUAUGCGAUUGAAAGCCAGCAGAGGCCAAACGAUGAACAAUUACAGCGACCUGAUUGAUCGUAAACAACAACAAAAAAAGAUAAUAAAAUCGUGAUUUUCUUAGAUUUGUUUUGAAAAACCAAUCACAAACAGAACAGAAUAUUAAUGUUUUCCAGAUAAAGUGUCAAACGCCUCAUUAACCAGCAUUGUUAAAGAUUGCCAUUGUAGAAAGUGAAAUAUUAUUUUAACUUUCAUUCCGGGAAAAGAAUUCUAUUUUUUGAACAACUACUAGCUAAUUUAACAUUGAGGUUGUUGUAUGUUUUGUAUUUUUGAAAAAAUUAUGUGUAUUUAUUAAGGGCAGAACGACGCUGACAGUGAGAAAAAUUGGGUUUCAUUCAAUGAACUACUAAGCACACUAACUUCUGUGUAAAUUGUUUGUAUGGUUUAAAAAAAUGAAAGCAGCAUUGUAUGCGUCAAUUUAUCUCGGAAUAGUUUUACGAACCAAAUAGAACACUUAAUUGAACGCUACAAUUUACAUCGGUAUGGUUUUACAAACCAGACUGAACACUGAAUUGAAUGUGAUAGUUUACAUCGGAAUGAUUUUUUGAACAAAAUGGAACACUGAAUUGAACGUGACAAUUUACGUCACAAUGGUUUUACGAACAAAAUGGAAAACAACAAUUUACGUCACAAUGGUUUUACGAACCAAACAGAACACUGAAUUGAACGCGACAAUUUACACUGAAUGGUUUUAUGAACCAAAUGAAACAACAAUUUAUGCCGGAAUGGUUUUACGAACCAAAUGGAACACUGAAUUGAAAGCAUCAAUUUAAGUCGGAAUGGUUUUACGAACCAAAUGGAACACUGAAUUGAAAGCAUCAAUUUAAGUCGGAAUGGUUUUACAAACCAAACUGAAUACUGAAUUCAAUGCGACAAUUUACGUCAGAAUGGCUUUAUGAACCAAAUGGAACAAUGAAUCAAAUGCGUCAAUUUAAGUCGGAAUGAUUUUUUGAACCAAAUGGAACUCUGAAUUGAACGCGACAAUUUACGCUGAAUGGUUUUACGAACCAAAUGAAACACUGAACUGAAAGCAUCCAUUUACGUCGGAAUGGCUUUACAAACCAAACUGAAUACUGGAUUGAAUGCAACAAUUUACGCUGAAUGGUUUUAUGAACCAAAUGAAACAACAACUUAUGCCGGAAUGGUUUAACGAACCAAAUGGAACACUUAAUUGAACGCUACAAUUUACAUCGGUAUGGUUUUACAAACCAGACUGAACACUGAAUUGAAUGUGAUAGUUUACAUCGGAAUGAUUUUUUGAACAAAAUGGAACACUGAAUUGAACGUGACAAUUUACGUCACAAUGGUUUUACGAACAAAAUGGAAAACAACAAUUUACGUCACAAUGGUUUUACGAACCAAACAGAACACUGAAUUGAACGCGACAAUUUACGCUGAAUGGUUUUAUGAACCAAAUGAAACAACAAUUUAUGCCGGAAUGGUUUUACGAACCAAAUGGAACACUGAAUUGAAAGCAUCAAUUUAAGUCGGAAUGGUUUUACAAACCAAACUGAAUACUGAAUUCAAUGUGACAAUUUACGUCAGAAUGGCUUUAUGAACCAAAUGGAACAAUGAAUCAAAUGCGUCAAUUUAAGUCGGAAUGAUUUUUUGAACCAAAUGGAACUCUGAAUUGAACGUGACAAUUUACGCUGAAUGGUUUUACGAACCAAAUGGAACACUGAAUUGAAAGCAUCAAUUUACGUCGGAAUGGUUUUACAAACCAAACUGAAUACUGAAUUGAAUGCGACAAUUUACGUCGGAAUGGCUUUAUGAAACAAAUUGAACAAUGAAUCAAAUGCGUCAAUUUAAGUCAGAAUGACUUUAUGAACCAAAUGGAACUCUGAAUUGUGCGUGACAAUUUACGUCACAAUGGUUUUACUAACGAAAUGGAAAACAACAAUUUACAUCGCAAUGGUUUUACGCACCAAACAGAACACUGAAUUGAAUGUGACAAUUUACGCUGAAUGGUUUUACGAACCACAUGAAACAACAAUUUACGUUGGAAUAGUUUUACUAACCAAAUGGAACACUGAAUUGAAAGCAUCAAUUUAUGUUGGAAUGGUUUUACAAACCAAACUGAAUGCUGAAUUGAAUGCGACAAUUUACAUCGGAAUGGCUUUAUGAACCAAAUGGAACUCUGAAUUGAACGCGACAAUUUACGCUGAAUGGUUUUACAAAGCAAAUGAAACACUGAAUUGAAAGCAUCCAUUUACGUCAGAAUGGCUUUACAAACCAAACUGAAUACUGAAUUGAAUGCAACAAUUUACGUUGGAAUGGCUUUAUGAACCAAAUGGAACAAUGAAUCAAAUGUGUCAAUUUAAGUCAGAAUGAUUUUUCGAACCAAACAGAACACUGAAUUGAAUGCUACAAUUUACAUCGCAAUGGUUUUACGAACCAAAUAGAACACAGAAUUGAACGCAACAAUUUACGCUGAAUGGUUUUACGAACCAAAUGAAACAACAAUUUAUGUUGCAAUGGUUUUAUGAACAGAAUGGAACACUGAAUUGAAUGAGACAAUUUAUGAAAGAAUAAUUUUACGAACCAAAUGCAACACUGAAUUAGGUCAGGGUAAAAAUAUUGAUUUGCAAAUUAAUCGCAAUCUUCAUCUUCAAUCCUGAUAUCGAUUCAUUUUAUUCUUUUUUUUUUCUUUCUCUCCAAUUUGGAAUGCCCAAUUCCCAAUGCGCUCUAAGUCCUCGCGGUGGCGUAGUGACUCGCCUCAAUCCGGGUGGCGGAGAACGAAUCUCAGUUGUCUCCCCAUCUGAGACCAUCAACCCGCGCAUCUUAUCACGUGGCUUGUUGCGGAGAACUAGCGCAUGUAGAGGCUUCACGCUAUUCUCCGUGGCAUCCACGCACAACUCACCAUCUCACAGAGUGAGAACCACAUUAUAGUGACCACGAGGAGGUUAACCCAACGUGACUCUACCCUCCCUAGCAACUGGGCAAAUUGGUUGCUUAGGAGACCUGGCUGGAGUCACUCAGCACGCCCUGGAUUCAAACUCGCAACUCCAGGGGUGAUAGUCAACGUCUUCACUUGCUGAGCUGUUGUUAAUUUUUUUAAUUAAUAUUUUCGUAAUGUACAAAGUUAAAAGGUUCCCAGUAAAAUGUCCAAUUUUAACUGGUAAUCUCUUUCAUAUGUAAGCAAAAUUAACAUUAUAACUGAAAUAUAUCCAAAUGAAUCAGAAUCAAAUCGAAAUCAAAAUAGAAUCGAAUCAAGAGAUUGUGAAUCGGAAUCUAAUCAAAUCUGGAAAUAUGUAUCGAUACCCAGCCCUACAUUGAAUGCGACAAAUUGCACAAUAAUUGUUUUCAUGAACUAAAUGAACUAUUUUUUUUUUCUCAUAAAAACUGCGUAAUGAAUGAUUUACACAGAAAUGAGUUCUGCUUGCGUUUCAUUUAAGAGGCCCAGUGCGUAUGAAUGCACCUCACAAUGUUCAGGUUUUUUAGACCGUCUGUUUUGCACUAAAUCUAGAAAAGCAAUCACAAAUCAGCCAGAUGAAUCUGUAAUGUUUUCUAGUCUGUAUGAAAACAUGAUUACACAGAUGAUGGCUGUUUAGGAAAAAAAAAAAAAAAAAAACACAGCACAACUUAAUGGUCUGCUCUUAAGAUGCCAAAGUUCACAUACCCAUCUGUUAAAGGUUAUUGCCAAACAAUUGUGCGCUUCACCAUUUCAGUGAACAGUUACAGUUCAGUUACUUUUAAGGUGAAUCUCACGAAACCUGUUAAGAACAUGUCCAGCUGAUAUUUCACCCCAAAUCAAAAGACAGAAAUAAAUAACAUUUUAACACAGAAAAUAAAGCCUUUUUUACGCCUUUAAUUUAUGCUGAUUUCAAUUAAAAACAUCACUGUGUUACACUAUUUUUUACAGUAAUACAUGAAAUGUUUGUAUUACAUUAAUAAGAACCAAUAUUGAGAAUAAUGACAAUUACAAACUCAAAAGUGUGCUUUAAUUGUCAUGACAGUAGUCACAGUGCAAAUUAUUGAUUUCUAUAUAUAUUCUAAACAUUGGCUGUAUUUUAUGUAUGCAAAAUAUAUAUAUUUCUUUCUUCCGAUUUUUGGGGCAAUAGAUGACCCGGACAUGUUUUCGCAGGAUUCACCCGCUUCCAUGUCGGAAAUUCAUAAAUGUGAACACUGGACUUAUGCAGAGCAUGAUCAAUAAAAGGGCUGUUGAGUGUUUUCAUGUAUAUUUAGCAUUAUUAUUAAUGUGUAGAAUAGCAGUGGAGUAACUUGAACAUUACAAAACUCCUGUUAAUCUUUAAACUACUGAAUAAGAAAUAAGGGAAAAAAGUUUCCCCAACCUAACGUGCGUCCUGUAUUUGCGAGAACACUCUACAAUGUUUUGACCAAUGAUAAGCUCAUAUUUCAUCCCAAAAUCCAAAGACAGAAAUUAAUUUUAUGUUGCAUAAAGAAAACAAAGCCUAUUUUCAGGAAAGUUCAGAUUAUUUGCAUUGUGGCAUUAUUUUCACGACAAUUAAACACAUUUCCUUUUAAAUUCACAAUACUGUAAUGUAAAAAAAAAAUAAAAUAAAAAAAAUAUAUAUAUAUAUAUAUAUAUUUAACACUGCAAUGUGGGAAAAAAAAUUACGUACAAUUUUAAGUAUACAUCAUGGAAGUAUUUUCUGUAUUGAAUUUAAUUUUAUGAUUUUAAUAAAACAAAAUUAAGUUCUGACUGAGAAUUGGGGGGAAAAUAUUGUCAAAAUGCCAAACAUCUUAACGGUAUAGACUAAAAUAGACUUUAUUUUCUUUAUGCAAAAUAUAAUUUUUUUGCUUUGAUUUUGGGGUUCAUUAUGGAAGAUUUAUUAGUGAGAUUAAUCUACACUCAGAGUGUAUAAAUUUAAAUUUGUGAAAGAGACAAACAUCUUAAAGCAUCAGUGUAUUUUUCUGUAUUUGUGACUCUCGCGUGUUAUUUGAAGAUUGGAAUUAAGACCGAAAUUUCCUAUAUUUUAAAUGGUCCAUUUUAAGACGGUGCACUUGUAAAUAAAAAAAUAAAAUAAAAAAAUGUCAUACAAUAUAA